AUGCUACUAUCUAUAAUAAAAAGUAUUGAUAUAUUUUCUUAAACAUUUUAAUUCAAUUCUAAGAAGUAGAAGCUUAGAAAAAGAACACUUAUUGGCUCUCUUUUGACUAUAUCAAUAAUCUCUAUAACAGUUUUGUAUUUAAUAUAACUAUUAUAGCAGUUCGCUAAUAAUUAGAUAGACCCAACAUUUAAGAACUAAACGUUUAUUUCUAAAAAUGAAAUAAAUGUAGAAUUAAAGAACGAUUACUUUGCAUAUUAAUUGAGCUAAAAUGGAUUAAACCCUAUUGAUUAAGUUCAAAAGGAGUAAAAUAAGACAUAUGUUGUAGCUAUAGCUUAAUUUGUUUACUAAGAUAAUAGUGGUUAAAAAAGUUGGAGAUUGAAAACUUUUUAAUGUUAGGAUCCUAAAUUAGCUGGUUAUAAUUGUUUAGAUUUCUCAAAUGUACCUUCAAAUUACACAAUCGCAUUAGAUAAUAGCUAAAAUAUUUAUUCAUAUGUCAUGGUUUCUUUGUAUAAAUGCUAAGAUACAGAUAUUAGAAAAACAUUUGUACCUGAUAACUGUGCCAGCCUAGAAAAAAUAAAUGCAUACUUAAAUAGUCCAGCAACUUAUCUAAAGGUAUAAAUCUAAGUAUCCUAGUUUAAUACAACAAAUAAGUAAAUUGAAACAUGCUAUAGAAGUUAAAUUCUAUUGGUUUCAACAUCAAAUAUAGCAAUAUCAGAAAUCAAAUUAUAGUAAUAAUCUACUACUGUUAAAUAAGGAUCAAUUUUAUAGACCUAAGAAACUUUCAACUCACCAAUAUCAUAUACAGUAAAUACAUAAAUGUUUGACCCUAAGACAAUUCAGAAUGUUAUAGGUUUAAGCUAUUUUACUCAAUUUCAUAUAAAUCUAGAUGAGUUUAAAUAAUAUACUUCUAUUUAAUAUCCUACACUUCCUUAAAUUUUAGCUUAAUGUAAUAGCGCGUUUACUCUAUUAAUGUGCUUAGGAAUAAUCGGAAGUAUGUUCUAAGAUAACUAUUCACUAAUAUUAGGAAAAGAAAAUAAUUUGGGUGAUGAAGAAGAAUCUUAAAAUAAAUCUUAAAUUUAAGAAAGCUAACAUUUUAAUGAAGAAGAUUUUUAAGAAAAUGUGUCAGGUUCUGUUUAUAUUCCUUCUUUUAAAUCAAAGUAAUUUGAUAAUUUAAGUUAAUUUAGUAGAGUUAAAGGAUAAGGAAGAGAUGCAUUUUAAGAAAGUACAAAUACAAAAAUUUAAUAAAUUGCAUUGGUUAAUUCUCAAACAAAUUAAGAAGAAAGGAUGAAAGAAAUUUCUCCUUUUUCUUAAUCAAAUAAUAAUAAAAAAUAGUUUAAUUCAUGCAAGUUGAAUUUAAAUAGUACUUUUGCAAGUUAUCUAACUAAGCAAAACUCACUUAGAAUUAAUGAAGAAGAAUUUUUUUAACAAUUUAAUGAAGAAUUAAAUAAGACAUAAUUGUAAAAAAAUAGUUCUCUUUUUUUACAAGAAACAAAAGCUUUUCGCAUUGGCUAAGAUUAAAAAGACGUAUAAAGGAAAGUUAAAAAUAAAUAGCAAAAUAAAAUAGAUUUAAUAAUGUAAGAACUUGGAAUUGAAUCUGCAUCUAAAAUCAUCAAAGAUAAACUAUACAAAUUUAAGCUAUGCAAAAAGGAUGCUUAUUUAAAGUCUUUAGGAUUAGAAAAAUAAGAUCUUUAAUUUAUAGAUUAAUAAGUUGAUAAUAUAACAGAUUAUUCUAAAAUUGUUGAAGAAUUAAUGUUUUUGAAGAAGGCUGUAAUGGUAAUUUUAAGUAAGGAUUAAUUAGCUUCCUUGUAAUUAGUUGGGUGCUCAAGAAAUUUCAUAAAUCACCUUUAAAAUAAAACCAAUCAAGAUAUUAAAAUGAGCUACUUUGAAGAAUAGCUUGCGAUUUCUUUAUAAAUUGAACAAUAAUCUUAGUUGAUAAAAUAAUUUAUAAAAAAAUGUUAAACUCAAAAUAAUAUGAGUACUAUAGAUAAAAGAAUAUAUUCAUCUUUAACAUGA